AUGUUGCAGCUACAAAAGUAUGACAUUACAGUUGAACACAGCCCUGGGAAGGAAAUAGUUGUAGCUGAUACCUACCCGCACCUUUCAGAAGGUAUGGACGCACAUGCCCAUGUGAUAGUAUCAAAUGUUCCUGUCAGUGACAAGAAGAUGGAGGAUAUUAGACGAGCCACAGAAGCUGACCCUCAGUUCUCCUUGCUCCAACAAACUAUCAUAGAUGGUUGGCCUGAACAUAGGAAGCUAUGUCCAGGGACGAUACUUGAAUUCUGGAACUUCACGGACCAACUUGCUUUCAUGGACGGUCUCAUAUUCAAGGGUCAGAAAAUUGUCAUACCCAAAUCACUGAGGACAAGUUUGCUUGACAAAAUUCACACUGGACACAUGGGAGUUGAAAAGAGUCUCCGACGUGCUCGUGACAUUUUGUUUUGGCCUAAGAUGUCAAAUGAUAUCACAAGUCUUGUACUCAACUGUUCUGUGUGCCUAGAGAGAAGAAACUCUAACCCCAGGGAACCCCUAAUAUCACAUGACAUUCCCAGUCGUCCUUGGCAGACUGUGGCCACAUACCUCUUCUUAUGGGACACCCAUGAUUUUGUGGUCGUUGUCGACUAUUAUAGUAGGUACUUUGAAGUUUGCAAAUUACCCAGCAUCAAAAGCACCACUGUCAUCAAUGCUCUCAAAGAUGUAUUUGCGAGACAUGGGAUACCGGAUAAGGUGAUAUCUGACAAUGGCCCCCAGUACUCCUCACAAGACUUUGCUCAGUUUGCAGAAAAAUGGGACUUUGUACAUGAGACAUCAAGCCCCCAUUUCCCCCAGUCAAAUGGUCUUGCCGAGAAAACUGUCCAAACCAUCAAGCGCAUUUUUUUCAAAGGCAAAAACAGAUGGCAGAGAUCCACACAUUGA